CAUCCACCCGUGCACUGCACUGCACGUACCUCCGGCAUCCCAACUUUCACGUCGCCGGCCGUAUUACAAAUAGCCUCUCCCCACCUUCACGCUUGCUGCCACCACACGGCCCGCACUUGCACCUCCGGCCAGCUCGGAGGAGAGCCGAGACGAAGCAACGACGCGGCACGAGCAAGGCUGAGGCUCCAUGGCGCGGCUCCUCCUCGUACUCGCAGCCACCGCCGUGCUGCUGCUUGCCGCCGGCGCGACGGCCCAGCAGCAGGGCUGCGAGAACGCGACGUUCCCUGCGGGCCGGUCGUUCGCGCGGUGCAACACCCUGCCCGUGCUCGGGGCCAGCCUGUACUGGACGUACCACGCGGCGAACGGCACCGCCGAGCUCGCGUUCCGCGCGCAGUCCGACGCCACCGGCUGGGUCGCCUGGGGCAUCAACCCCGGCGGCGCCGGCAUGGCCGGGAGCAACGUCUUCGUCGCCUCGCCGGGCGGCGGCGGCGCCGUGUCCGUGCUCACCACCAUCCUGCGGACCACGUCCCCCGCCCUGGACAACACCACCCUCUCGUUCGCCGUGCCGGUGCCGCCCACCGCGGAGUACGCGGCCGGCGCGUACACGAUCUACGUGACCGUGGCGCUGCCGGGGAACUCCACGCAGCAGAACACGGUGUGGCAGGCCGGCCCGCUCAGCGGCGGGGCCAUAAUGGCGCACCGGAUGUCCGGCCCGAACCUGCAGAGCGUCAAGAGGCAGGACUUCCUGUCCGGCUAGAGCGCCCGCCGAGGCCUCCACACCACGCUGCGGCGACGCGUAUGUUUGUAUACGCAGAUAUUGUCAGUGUCAUGAUCAUGUAUAAAUAAAUCGCACGGCGUAUUUCUCGUGUUCCUGCUAUUAGAUGUCCUGUUAAAUUUAGGGAUAUGCGAACCAACCUGUGGUUGGAUGGUUAGAAGAAUUGUGGUA